GUAGCACCGCAGCGUGGAUGCUGCUCGGUCCCGCCGCGGCCCCCAGAGCGUGGAGCCUGAGUGGCCGGGCGGGGCCGGGCGGGGGCACCGUCAGGAGUCCCUCCACCGCCCACCCUGGGCCCUCGGCCAGGGGCAGUCUGGUGUCGCGGCCGCACCCUGUGGCCGCGGGCGGCGGACAAAGGGCCAUGCGGGGCUGGGGGACCCGGCGCGGGGCGCACGGGAGCCGGGGGCCGCAGCGGCGCCACUGAGCGCGUCCCGGGGCGGGGCGGGGCCGGCCGCGAUGCCGUGGUUCCCGGUGAAGAAGAUCCGCAAACAGAUCAAGCUGCUGCUUCUGCUGGUGCUGCUCACCUGCGCCGCGUGGCUCACGUACGUGCACCUGAGCCUGGUGCGCCAGGGCCGCGCGCUGCGCCAGCGGCUGGGCUACGGGCGAGACGGCGAGAAGCUGAGCGGUGUGACAGACGGCCGGGGCGUCCGUGCUGCGCUGUCCACGCAGAGGGCAGAGGACUCCAGCGAGAGCCGUGAGGAGGAGCAGGUGCCCGAGGGUCGGGCCCCAGACAUGCUGUUUCCGGGGGGGGCUGGAAGGCCACUGUCACUCAACCUCACCCAUCAGGCGCCCCCGUGGCGGGAGGAGUACAAGGGGCAGGUGAACCUGCACGUGUUUGAGGACUGGUGUGGGGGCGCCGUGGGCCACCUGAGGAGGAACCUGCACUUUCCGCUCUUCCCGCACACUCGCACCACCGUGAAGAAGCUGGCUGUGUCCCCCAAGUGGAAGAACUAUGGCCUCCGGAUUUUCGGCUUCAUCCACCCGGCGAGAGAUGGAGAUGUCCAGUUCUCCGUGGCUUCGGAUGACAACUCUGAGUUCUGGCUCAGCCCAAACGAGAGCCCGGCGGGUGCCCAGCUGGUGGCCUUUGUGGGCAAGACUGGCUCGGAGUGGACAGCGCCUGGAGAAUUCACCAAGUUCAGCUCCCAGGUGUCCAAGCCCAGGCGGCUCAUGGCCUCCCGGAGGUACUACUUUGAGCUGCUGCACAAGCAGGACGACCACGGCUCGGACCAUGUGGAAGUGGGCUGGCGAGCCUUCCUGCCCGGCCUGAAGUUCGAGGUCAUAGGCUCUGCUCAUAUCUCCCUAUACACAGAUGAGUCAGCUCUGAAGAUGGACCACGUGGCCCAUGUCCCCCAGUCUCCAGCCAGCCACAUGGGACUGGGCCUGCGGCAGGAGGAGCCCAGAGCCGACAUGCUGCGGCCUGACCCCCGAGACACCUUCUUCCUCACGCCUCGGGUGGAACCCUCGAGUCUGGAGAAUGUGCUGGAGCCCUGCGCCUACGCCCCCACCUACGUCGUCAAGGACUUUCCCAUUGCAAGAUACCAAGGACUGCAGUUCGUGUACCUGUCCUUCGUGUAUCCCAAUGACCACACGCGCCUGACUCACAUGGAAAGCGACAACAAGUGCUUCUACCGCGAGUCGCCACUGUAUCUGGAAAGGUUUGGCUUCUACAAAUACAUGAAGAUGGACCGGGAGGAGGGGGAGGAAGACGAAGAGGAGGAGGUGCAGCGCCGAGCCUUCCUCUUCCUCAACCCUGCCGACCUCCUGGACGACGAUGAAGACGAAGGAGAGCCACCUGACGGGCUGGAGCCCACCCGGGCGUCCGCACGCUGGGCGUCCCAGGCGCCCAGCACCCUCCGGUUCCCCGCCGCCGCCCCCACCCAGGCCCCAGCCACGCCCGGCCCGCCAACGCCCCCCAGGCGCUCUCGGGCGCUGAACUGGGCUGCACACCCCCUUCCCCUCUUCUUGGGCCGCGCCCCGCCACCCCGUGCUGCAGCCGAGCGGCCGCCCCCAAAGGUGUAUGUGACGCGGGUACGGCCGCGACUGCGGGCGCCCCCGCGGGCCCUGGCACCGCUGAGCCCGCGCGGCCCACCCUGGUCGCCCUUCACUGGUGUCUUUCUGCGGCCCAGACCUCUGCCCAGGGUGCAGCUGCGCGCGCCCCCACGCCCACCCCGGGCCCGCGGGCGCAGGACCCGUCCCCAGGCCACAGAGCUGAGGCCUCUCGCCCGGGCCCCGGCCACCCAGGGGAGCCAGGAGGGACAGGCACGCGCACCCGGACUCACGGCCCCCACCGCGGACUCAAACUCUUCGUCCGAAGCGCAGCCCGUGACCUCCUUCCUGAGCUUGUCCCAGGUGUCCAGGCCACAGCUGCCGGGGGAGGGCGAGGAGGAGGAGGAGGAGGAGGAAGGGGACGAUGACGAGGAAGGGGCACCGGGUGAUGAGGCCGCGUCAGAGGACAGCGAGGAGGCAGCUGGCACAUCGCGCGGCCGCUGGCGCGAGGACGCCAUCGACUGGCAGCGCACGUUCAGCGUGGGCAACGUGGACUUCGAGCUGCUGCGCUCCGACUGGAACGACCUGCGCUGCAACGUGUCGGGAAACCUGCAGCUGCCAGAGGCCGAGGCCGUGGACGUGGUGGCCCAGUACAUGGAGCGCCUCAACGCGCGCCACGGCGGGCGCUACGCCCUUCUGCGCAUCGUGAACGUGGAAAAGCGCCGAGACUCCGCGCGCGGAAGCCGUUUCCUGCUGGAGCUGGAGCUGCAGGAGCGCGGCGGUCGCCGCCUGCGCCUCUCUGAGUACGUGUUCCUGCGACUGCCCGGAGCCCGUGCCGGAGACACGGAUGGAGACGGAGAGAGUCCGGAGCCCGCUCCCGCCGCCUCCCUGCGCCCCGACGGGCGCCCUGAGCUGUGCCGCCCGCUGCGCCUGGCCUGGCGCCAGGAUGUGAUGGUACACUUCAUCGUGCCAGUGAAGAACCAGGCGCGCUGGGUGGUACAGUUCCUGGCAGACAUGGCCGCGCUGCAGGUCCGCACAGGAGACUCUCGCUUCAGCGUCAUCCUGGUGGACUUUGAGAGCGAGGACAUGGAUGUGGAGCAGGCCCUGCGCGCAGCGCGGCUGCCCAGGUACCAGUACCUCAGGCGAACGGGAAACUUUGAGCGCUCUGCAGGGUUGCAAGCUGGAGUGGACGCGGUGGAGGAUGCCAGCAGCAUCAUUUUCCUCUGCGACCUGCACAUCCACUUCCCUGCCAAUAUCCUGGAUGGCAUCCGCAAGCACUGUGUGGAGGGCAAGCUGGCCUUUGCGCCUGUGGUCAUGCGCCUGGGCUGCGGGAGCUCGCCAGGGGACCCCCACGGUUACUGGGAGGUGAACGGCUUUGGCCUCUUCGGGAUCUACAAGUCGGACUUCGACCGCAUCGGAGGCAUGAACACAGAGGAGUUCCGAGACCAGUGGGGAGGCGAGGACUGGGAGCUCCUGGACAGGGUCCUGCAGGCAGGGCUGGAGGUGGAGCGGCUCCGACUGCGGAACUUCUACCACCACUUCCACUCCAAGCGGGGGAUGUGGGGCACGCGCAGCCGGAAGACCCCCGGCAAGGAGGUGCCUUGAAGACCAGCAACCCCUCCUCCAGCUUCGCAGCCCUGGCAGCUGGAGGCCGGCGCUGAGCCUGGACUCUAGGGACCUAGCGGGGCUCAGCCCUGGGCACAGCCACCACCCGUGCCUGCAGCCCCCUGGCCCACCCCAGCCAUGGCCCCCUCGGCACCGCUCCCCAGAGAAGCAGCCUCCAUAGCGGGCCAGGGUCGGCCUGGUCCCCACGCCCUGUGAGACGAUUUCUGUGAAAUUUUGCCGUAGCGAUGACGUUGUUUUCAGGAUUUCCAAGAGUUAUGUCUGUUCCAUUUUUUAUUCAGAAUGAAAUAUUUUUUUUA